AUGGAAUCCUCAUAUCACAUAAUUGACAUUGCUCCUCACAAAUACGUGAUUGAGACAAUCAAAACGGCACAUGAUAUAGUUGUUGUUAUUCAGAACAAAAAUGAGAACGUGUUGAAUGGUAUAGCCCUUGCGCAAAAAACAGUUGAAAGUAUUCCGAGUACCACGCAGAUCUUUGGGGAUGUUUUAGAUGAUGAGUCACAGUCCAUUGCACAGCUCUUAUCACUUAAGCUUCAAAAACGCGUCACUGUUUCUUGUAAUGUGACUUUCAGCCAGGAGUAUCCUGAGAAGCAACAAUUAGUGAAGGCGAUUCUUUCUUUAUUUAAGUAA